UGGAAAUCUGUACAGUGCCUCGAGAUCAAAGCAUCUGAAUUCACCAGCAAGAUGGGAUUUGUGAAUUUUAUGGACAACUUGGUACUGCGCCGUGGUUGCGUGCCUCUAGAUAGCCUUCGCAUGUAUACGCUAUAUCAACAUGGUAGUGUUUCCCUGAACCAUCACACCGCUAACAUGUGGGUUGGCUAUGCUUUGAGGAGAAAUGUCCGUGAGCUUCACAUCUGUGAGCAUUAUUCUGAGUAUUUUGAUCUAGACCAUUCUUCCUUCAUAUUGUCCCAUCUGAAAAUACUGCGUCUUCGUAAUGUUACCAUCAGUGACCUCUUUAUUUAGAAGCUUUUUUCUGGCUGUCCAGCAUUGCAAGAUCUUGUGAUGAUAGAUUGUUGCGUGUAUGCAACCAGAUUUUCUUCCACCUCUUUGAAGAAUUUAACCUUUAUCUCACAUAGCCCUGACAAUGGUGAUUCUGUUCACGAUGAUUAUAAAGAUCUUGUGAUAGAUACCCCGAGCCUUGUUUCACUCCACCUGGAGUGCCUUCCCUUUUUAGCUCCUUGCCUUGUGAAUGUAUCAUCCGUGGCAAAAGCCUACAUUCGCCUUGAUGAUAUGUCCUUCCCAUGUUUUGAUACGAAAUACAACAUCCUCAGUGGUUUGUCAAAUGUAACAAAAUUGAAGUUGCUAAAUGAAGAAUACGAUGAUGAGGAUGAGGAUGAGGAUGAUUCUUUUCGUUCAAGGCAAAACGAGGUACUAAAAAGGGAUCUCCGGAGGUGCCAAUCAUUCAAUAACCUAAAAAAACUGUCUGUCGAUGAUUGGUAUGUGGAUGUUGACCUAAGCGCGCUGAUUUACUUGCUUCGUUGCUCACCAAUCAUAGAGAAACUCACUCUGCAUCUUGGAAUGAUUGAAGGUUUGGCUUGGGAACAGUGGAUGAGUUACCCACAAGAAGAGACGCCAGACCUGUCGUUCAGUUGUGAGCGUCUUAAGAAGGUCAAAAUCAUCUGUGUGCAGGACGACAAAAGGGUGCCUGCUAUAGUUAAUGCUAUACUUGCCAAUGCGAACUCUCUGCCAGAAAUUGUUAUCAAACCGUACAAGCGUUUCGACUAGGUAGGUUCGGCACUUGGGCUCGGGCAGAUGUACGAGCAUGGUCCUCUGAUCAGUGAUUAGAUCCUCAUGAUCGGCAACCCAUGUUCAGUUUGUAGUUUAUAUGUUAAAGAUGAGAGUUGCUGUGGGUCAUACUGCUCUGCCCAGUACCAAAUCUUCCUGGAAAUCCUUUUUACUACUGCUGUUCUUCCACUUGAAACUUUUAUCCAUCAGCAUCAUCAUGGUACUUGUUAUUUGUUUUGUGUUUGAAGACUGAAGUCUAAGCAAGUCAUGUAUCUUUUGACAUUUUUCACCCCAAAAUUAAACUUGGCCGUGGAGAGUGCUCUUUAUAUGUAUAUGUCGCAAAAACUGCAGUUAGAGUUAAGUCCAAUUCUUUUUA